UGGGUCGCACUGCAGUGGAGUUAAAAUUGGAUUAUAAGAAAAACACUAAAAUCAAUUGAGACUUGAGACUUAAAAAGAGUUAUUUUUAUCUCAGUUCCCAGAAACUAUUUUGCCUGUUUAUGUUCACCCGUCGAUCCUUGCAAUGGCCAAUACUAAUCUCCCUCGAAGAAUAAUUAAGGAAACUCAGCGUCUCCUCAGUGAACCAGCACCUGGAAUUAGUGCUUCGCCAUCAGAGGAUAACAUGCGAUAUUUCAAUGUGAUGAUCCUUGGUCCCACACAGUCUCCAUAUGAAGGAGGGGUUUUCAAGUUGGAACUAUUUUUGCCUGAAGAAUAUCCCAUGACUGCUCCCAAGGUUCGGUUUCUUACAAAGAUAUAUCAUCCGAACAUUGAUAAGCUUGGAAGAAUAUGCCUUGAUAUUCUCAAAGACAAAUGGAGUCCUGCUCUCCAAAUCCGAACUGUACUUUUGAGCAUUCAAGCACUCUUGAGUGCUCCAAAUCCCGAUGAUCCACUCUCCGAGAACAUUGCUAAACACUGGAAAAUGAAUGAGGCUGAAGCUGUCGAGACAGCGAAGGAAUGGACCCGUUUAUACGCAAGUGGAGCAUGACAUACGAGUGGCGGAAACAUUUGCCCUGUUAAAAAUAACAUUUUGUGCAAUGUAAGCGAUUGAAUGUCAAUUCUGUAAGGAUAUUUGGAAGAUUUAAAUGUUACGGUAAGUUUGAUACUGGCAGAGCUUCCCAGUUGCUGUCUGUUAAAUGUUUAAUCGUUUCCCCAUUGGAAGCUCUCUGAACUUGUAUGAUAAUAUCAACAUUGUUCUUCUAAAACUCUCAAAAUGCUGAAAUAAGGGAUUAUUCUUAAAUA